AGAGAAGCCCCAGCCUCCCACCCGCACACAACUCCUCUCCUCUCUGCACCAGAAAGGAGCAAUCUCAUCUCUCCUUGUCUUUUAUGUCCUCGCUCACUCUCUGUCAGUUAGUGUGUGUACUCAGAAUGAGGUUAGCAGCACCAGCAGCAGCAGUAGAUAGAGACAGCAGAGGCACAGUUACUGCAGCAGCCAGGAGAGGCUGUCCUUCAGCUGUGCACCAUCUACUGCUGCAUUCACCCCUGCCCUGAGAACACAACGCUCAUUCCUCUGCUCUCUCUCUCUCUGUUUCUUCCUGCUCCUUCUCUUACCUCUCUGAAUUCAUUUCUGGAAUUCGACACCCUCUCUUUUCUUCCUCUUUCUCUGUAGCAGUGAUGGGGAGGACCACCACGUAGAGACCGAGAGGCAACAAAGGCAAAAGCAGAAGAGCAGUAAUGGGAAGCCACACAUGGAGCGGGUCUGGACUGCAGCCGUGGUGAGCCUGAGAGCUACAGGACCUGAGACCAUCAUCAUUGCCCUCCUCAGGACCUAACCACUUGGGCUGUCCAGCACCUGGAUGCUCCCCAUUUGUGAUUUGCCACCCCCUUUCCUUCCCCUGUACCGUUGCUCUCUGUCCUGGACUUUAGUUUUCUUUUUUUUUAGUGUCAUUUUUGGUCUGUUAAAAUAAAAAACAGGCGUCUCAUCCUUGGAUUUUUUUUUCUUUUUGUACUAAUCUUUAUCCCCAAGAAUUACUUGCAUUUUCUUCUUUUUUUUAGUCAUCAUUGCCUUCUUGAAAUUAUUUUUAGAUUUUUUUUAAAAAUCAGACUGAGCUCUGUUGUGCAAUUUUUCUUCAAUAAGCAAUAACAAACACUAAUCCAACUGACUUGAAAGCUGACACAAUGGGGGACAUGUCCAAUAGCGAUUUUUAUGCCAAGAACCAAAGAAAUGAGGACAACCAUGCGGCUGGCUUUGGCUGCUCUGUUAUGGAGCUGCGAUCGUUGAUGGAGCUUCGUGGCACAGAGGCAGUGGUCAAGCUCCAAGAGGACUAUGGGGCAGUGGAAGGACUGUGCAAGCGACUGAAAACCUCACCCACUGAAGGUCUUGCAGGUGUUCAAACGGACCUGGACAAAAGAAGAGAACUAUUUGGUAAAAACCUGAUACCUCCAAAAAAGCCAAAAACAUUUCUACAGCUGGUAUGGGAAGCACUGCAGGAUGUCACCCUCAUCAUCCUGGAGAUCGCUGCUCUAAUAUCCCUGGGCCUCUCCUUCUACCACCCUCCCGGGCAGACCGGUGGAGAUGCAUGCGGUGCAGCAGCCGGUGGAGUGGAGGAUGAGGGUGAGGCAGAUGCAGGCUGGAUCGAGGGUGCUGCCAUCCUCUUGUCCGUAGUGUGUGUAGUUCUGGUGACAGCCUUCAACGACUGGUCGAAGGAGAAGCAGUUCCGUGGACUGCAGAGCCGCAUCGAGCAGGAGCAGAAGUUUCAGGUGGUCCGUGGAAGCCAGGUCAUACAACUGCCUGUUGCCGACAUUGUAGUUGGGGACAUUGCACAGAUUAAAUACGGUGAUCUGCUUCCUGCUGAUGGAGUGUUGAUCCAGGGCAAUGACUUAAAAAUUGAUGAGUCAUCGCUGACUGGAGAAUCCGAUCACGUCAAGAAGUCCGCAGACAAGGACCCCAUGUUGUUAUCUGGGACCCAUGUUAUGGAGGGGUCAGGACGUAUGGUGGUGACUGCAGUUGGUGUCAACUCACAGACUGGAAUCAUCUUUACCCUUCUUGGGGCUGGUGUUGAGGAAGAGGAGAAGAAAGAGAAGAAAGGAGAGGCAGUGGAGGAUGGACAUCAGAACACAGACUGCUCCCAUCCCCCAAACCACCCCAUUGCAACUAUAGCCACGGAUGGGGCUGCAGGCAUUAAUGCCCCUGGCACUGCCAGCCUAAUUAAUGGUAAAAUGCAAGAUGGCAAUAUGGAGAGCAACCAGAUUAAAGUGAAGAAGCCGGAUGGAGCAGCUGCCAUGGAAAUGCAACCUCUGAAGAGUGCUGAAGGCGGGGAGGCCGAUGAGAAGGAGCGGAAAAAGGUGUCAGCUCCAAAGAAAGAGAAGUCUGUGCUCCAGGGGAAGCUGACCAAACUAGCUGUCCAGAUCGGCAAAGCAGGUUUGCUCAUGUCAGCCAUUACUGUAAUCAUCUUGGUCCUGUAUUUUGCCAUCAACAACUUUGUGAUGGAAAAGCGUCCUUGGAUGACAGAGUGUACUCCCAUCUACAUCCAGUAUUUUGUGAAGUUUUUCAUCAUUGGUGUGACUGUGUUGGUGGUGGCUGUUCCAGAGGGCCUCCCACUGGCUGUGACCAUAUCCUUGGCAUACUCAGUCAAGAAAAUGAUGAAAGACAACAAUCUUGUGCGUCACCUGGAUGCUUGUGAAACAAUGGGCAAUGCAACCGCCAUCUGCUCCGACAAGACAGGCACGCUAACCACCAACCGCAUGACAGCCGUGCAGUGUUAUAUAGGAGAUGUGCACUACAAAGAAAUUCCAGACCCUGGUGUAAUCCCACCCAGAUCCCUGGAUUUACUGAUCAACGCCAUUUCUAUCAACAGCGCCUAUACCACGAAGAUACUGCCCCCAGAUAAGGAAGGUGGUCUACCCAAGCAAGUUGGAAACAAGACAGAAUGCGGACUCUUGGGAUUGGUCCUGGACCUGAAACGGGACUACCAGCCAAUAAGAAACCAGAUCCCAGAGGAGAAGCUUUAUAAAGUCUACACCUUCAACUCUGUCAGAAAAUCAAUGAGCACUGUAAUCAAACUUCCUGAAGGGAGCUUCCGAAUGUACAGCAAGGGAGCCUCUGAAAUUGUUCUCAAGAAAUGCAGUCACAUUCUGAAUGAAGUUGGUGAGGCCAGAGUUUUCCGGCCUAGAGACAAGGAUGAGAUGGUGAAGAAGGUGAUUGAGCCCAUGGCCUGUGACGGUCUGAGGACCAUCUGUGUGGCGUACCGUGACUUUGCCAGUGAUCCUGAGCCCAAAUGGGAUGAUGAAAACAACAUCCUCACUGACCUUACAGCCAUCUGCGUUGUGGGAAUCGAGGAUCCUGUCAGACCAGAGGUUCCCGAUGCUAUUCAGAAGUGUCAGCGUGCAGGCAUCACUGUACGCAUGGUGACAGGUGACAACAUAAACACAGCCAGAGCCAUAGCCAUCAAGUGUGGCAUCAUCCAUCCAGGAGAGGAUUUCCUCUGCAUUGAUGGCAAAGAGUUCAACCGGAGGAUCCGUAAUGAGAAAGGCGAGGUGGAACAGGAGCGUAUUGACAAGGUGUGGCCUAAACUCCGAGUCCUGGCCAGAUCAUCCCCAACAGAUAAACACACACUUGUCAAAGGAAUUAUUGACAGCACUAUGGCAGAUCAGAGGCAGGUGGUUGCUGUGACAGGAGAUGGCACCAACGAUGGACCGGCCUUAAAGAAAGCUGAUGUCGGGUUUGCAAUGGGUAUCGCUGGUACAGAUGUGGCUAAAGAAGCUUCAGACAUUAUUCUCACUGAUGAUAACUUCAGCAGCAUUGUCAAGGCAGUGAUGUGGGGCAGGAAUGUGUAUGACAGCAUUUCCAAGUUUCUUCAGUUCCAGCUUACUGUCAAUGUUGUGGCUGUCAUUGUUGCUUUCACUGGAGCCUGCAUCACACAGGACUCUCCACUUAAAGCAGUGCAGAUGUUGUGGGUUAACCUGAUUAUGGACACUUUUGCAUCUCUGGCCUUGGCGACGGAGCCCCCCACAGAGGCCCUGUUGAGGAGAAAACCGUAUGGUCGCAAUAAGCCUCUUAUCUCCAGCACAAUGACCAAGAAUAUCCUGGGACAUGCCGUCUAUCAGCUCAUUCUCAUCUUUACACUGCUGUUUGCUGGUGAGAAAAUCUUUGACAUCGACAGUGGUCGUAACGCUCCUCUCCAUUCUCCUCCAUCCGAGCACUACACCAUCAUAUUCAACACGUUUGUAAUGAUGCAGCUGUUUAAUGAGAUAAAUGCUCGGAAAAUACACGGAGAGAGGAAUGUCUUUGACGGAAUCUUCAGAAACCCAAUUUUCUGCUCCAUCGUUUUUGGCACAUUUGCCAUACAGAUUGUGAUUGUGCAGUUUGGAGGGAAGCCAUUCAGCUGUCAACCUCUGAGCCUGGAAAAAUGGUUGUGGUGUGUUUUUCUGGGGCUGGGAGAACUGGUCUGGGGACAGGUGAUUGUCACCAUACCCAACAGCCACCUGCGCUUCCUGCGUCGGGCAGGCCAGUUGACUCACAAAGAUGAACUACCAGAGGAAGACGUAAACGAAGAGAACGAGGAGAUUGACCAUGCAGAGAGGGAAUUACGGAGAGGUCAAAUACUUUGGUUCAGAGGUUUAAACCGCAUCCAGACUCAGAUUGAAGUAGUCAACACCUUCAAGAGCGGCACCUCCUUUCAGGGGGCUGGGGCUCUGAGACGCCAGUCAUCCACCACCAGCCAGAACCAGGAUAUUCGAGUUGUGAAUGCAUUCCGUAGCUCCCUCUAUGAAGGCCUGGAAAAACCCGACUCCAGAACAUCCAUACACAACUUCAUGACACACCCUGAGUUUAGGAUAGACGACUCCACGCCUAGCAUCCCCCUCAUCGACGACACAGAUGAUGAUUCGGCCCGGAGGAGGACGAAGUACUCCAGCCAGCCUUCGUCUCCUAACAAGAACAACAAUGCCAUUGAUAGUGGCAUCAACCUUACCAUCGACAUCAGUAAAUCUGCCGCCUCCUCCAGCCCCGCCAGCCCUCUCCACAGCCUGGAGACCAGCCUCUAACCCCCGUCCUGAACGCCGCAGUGACCACUCACGUUGUUCCCUCAUGGUCCGGGAGCGCCUCGUCCAGCUCUCCCAUACCGUAAUUUGUUACUUCUACCACUGCUUGACACAUGGCCACUCAGUUCUCGCCUUCCCCUCCACCCAGCGCACCAUGUUUCACCACUGACACAGAUCUCGUCCAUCUCCCUCUUGUAAGCUAAAGCCAAUAAUGCUCUCGCUUCCGUUCAUCAUCGAGCGAAUCCUUGUGAAAUGACAAGAAUAAAAAGAAAAACACAAUCCAAAAAGCUCUGCAAAGCUACACGACCUACACAGCCAUCCUGCUUUUGUGGUUGCAUGUGUAUGGUGGCAGCCUUGAUGGUGUGUAUGACACUAUGCUUGUACCGGUUAGCAUGUACUGUAUAAACGUGCAGCUGUCUGCACGUUGCGUAUGAACUGUGUCCGCAGCGACACCUGGAGGAGGACGAGGAAGAGGGAGACUGCCGAGGAGUGCAGAGUGCAAACAGACUUUAUACUCUCCUUAAACUCCUUCUCUUCAAUAAUAACAUUGUUAACAGAGAUACAGUAAUAGUUUAAAUUAAAUUAAAAACCAUUGUUAUUAUUCUGAGUCUGAUUAUUCUUGUUAUUAUUCUUAUUGAUCCUGCAUGAAUGUACAUUACCCAAGUUUUAUUUAAAAAGGGUUUUAAUUUUAUUGGAGUUGUUUGGUUCUGAUGGGCUGAGCAUCGCAGCGGACUACACAUGUAAAGAAAGCUUCUCUGAGUCCUCCCUCCCUCCUCUGUGUGGCAUGAACAUGUACCGGACUCUUAAAUAAUUUUUUAAAAAACUCCAUAAGCAGAAAUGUGUAUCGAGGUGGUAGGGCUGAACUUGCACAGUAGUUUUGCACCUGAUGGAAAAAGAGAAAUGCAAAAUAUUAAUAAUAAUAAUGAUGAUGAUGAUAGCAUUUAUGGGAUAUAUUCUAUACAUAUAAAUUCAUAAAAUCUAUUUAGAGAGAGUUUAUCUUUGUUUGUUGGCAUGUUGCCUUGUUUCCGCUUCAAUGGCUUAAAUUACUUUGACUUAUUUAUGUCUUAAACAGAAUGUAAUUGUUUACAACCUCGUAGAGAUGAAUUUCCUGGUUUCUUAGAGGAGGUGAGCUCAGAAUUUUGUUGCUGUGUUAUUACGGGAAAAACCAUGUGCUGAAACUUGCCUGCUAUAUUGUCAAAUAAUGUAGAUAUUUUUAGAGGAUAAACGAGAAGAAACCAAAAUAUAAUGGGAUGCAUAGUACAGUACAUGUGGAAUCUUAGUAUUACUCUUUAUGAUUGUUGGGAUCUAAUAAGAGCGGCUUGCCUUUGGUUUUUCCUAACGAAGGCCUCCUUUUUAUGAGAGAGGAGGAUAUUUGAUUUGAUUAGAUUUUUUUAAAAUUAAUUAUGGUUUAUUUUUGCUUUGCUUUAAUGCUGACCUGGAGUCAGUGCUUGUAUAAAAGGUUGAUAUCAGGACCUUUUUAUUUAACUGUCGUCUAGGUAAACCUGCUUGUUCAAAGGACUUGAUGUUUUAAAGAUGUAUGUGACCAUCAAAAGGCUGCAAUCCAGUCAUUUUUAGAAAUUUGUUUCAAACUUGCAAUAUAUUGUGCUGAUAUUUUCUAAUUUAUUUUUGAUUUUUUUUUUUUUUAAGCUUCUUUUCAUCUAGACACAAGCAGCCCCUAAAUGCUGUUGGCAUUUUUAACAUCUAAAGAAAAAGGAAAAACUGAUUUAAAAAAAACAAACAAAACUAAUAACAACAAAAAUGGAAUGUUGCUUUGACUCUUUUUCUAUAUAUAUACAUAAAAGAUUUCCUGCACUAUCUGGUUAUGAAUGAAAACUUCUGUGGUGUAACUCUAGAUGUGCUUUUGUGUGUUUUAACCAAGCUUGUCUUCCUGCCGUCACAGAAUAUACAGUACUCUUAGCAUCUCAACUGUACUCACUAGUUGUAAACUAUUUAUUGUACUUUGACCAAUCAGACAUUAUCAGAAGUCGCAUACAGAAGGCACAUGUAUCCAUUUUUUUGCACUCAGAAGGACAAGGCCACUUAACUAGCCUCUAGUAUUAUUACUCUACCUAACCGAAGUCGGUGGCAAGCAUGAUGUCAUAAAGUAGGCUCAUUAUGCAACUUGAAGAAUUUUUUUUUCCGUUUUUAACAUAAAUUAAAAAUUAUUCUGUAGACAAUGUAAACAAUCAUUUCUCUGAGCAGCUUUAUCCUUUUUUGUUUGUUUUUGCAUCCUCCUCCUCCUCCUCUGUCAUUGUUCAGCCAAUCCGUUUAUCUGAAGAGGGUGCACAAGCUUUACUAGUCAGCUCAGGCAUGUCGAAAAACAUCUGAAUAAAGUCUGUCUUAUUUAAUUUGAAAGAAAACAGUCUGGGUUCUGAUAUUUACCUUAGAAGUUCUUAAUUUAUUUUGCUAUUUUUUCUGGUGUUUGCCUUUUUUGUUUGUCUGUAAAAAUUAAAAACGAUAAAUGAAACAAAUAAAAAAAACACAUAGAUAUGGCAUUUUCCGUAUAUAAAAAAAGACUUAAGCCAACAUUCUCGAACCAUUUUUACAUCGAGGAGGACUUUCAGCUUUAAGAAACUGAAGUUAAACUGAUUCUUGUAAAUAGAGUUAUGGGUCCACUGAGGACAGAAAUGUUGAAAACAUGAACUCCUCCUGAUUACAUCAUGCAACUCAAUGAGUCAUACUGAUGACGCAGCACUUUGGCUGUUUGUAAUCAAUCACCGCUCCUGUCAGACACACAUCCAAAUCAUAAUGUGUUGUAACGACCUGCCAUUAUGUUUAUGAUGACACCCAUCAUGAUGAUGAUAUCAAUGAUACUUUUUUUGCAAUAUACUCACCUGCCUCGAUGUACUGUAUUUAGCAGCAUGCAGUUUGUGGAACAAAGAAAAAGAGAAAUGCCAACAGAUAGCUUUUUGGCAUACUUAGCCAUUCAUGGGUAAGUGAAUUAAGUGUUCAUCUUGUUUUUAUGAUAUUUUUUUUAUCUAUACAAUAAUUGUAAAUAAAGAACUCAAUGUCUUUGUUCAUUUAAUACUAUGCAAAAAGUCAUGCUUUUCUGAUUGUUAAUCCCCUCAGUUGUAGAGUGUGUUGCUGGAAUGUUUGUGGUUUCAAAAAUCAGUAAAAAAUAAUGUGAUGUAAAUUAUUUUUUAGCCUGACAAAAAGUAAAAAUGAUGCUGAGAAUUCUUAGAAUACGGUGAAACGGAUUUUAUAGUGGUGAUGACUAUGAUGAUGGACUGUGACUCCUGCUGCUUGACUGACCCAUUUAUCACUCUACUUACAGGAGCACCAGUGAAAACAUAAUCAUCAUAUUACUAAUAACGGUAAUAAAAAGAAAACUCAUUUAAUAAAUUUCCCAGAGCAGCAUGACUAGCAUGGUGUGUCCUCGCCCCGUGUCACAUGUGCUGUUCUGAUUUUGUCGUGCCUCACUUUGACUUUGUUUUUGCUGUUUACUGAUUUAAGUUAAAAACAUCUCAGAUGUUUUACGGUUGCAAGUUUAUAAUUUGUGAAACUCUAAUCACGAUGAGGCAGCAUAGCAGCAUCUGAAGGAACAAAAAAGUGUCGUCUGAAAUUUUAUCUGUUCUCCUCGCCUCCCCUGCUUGUGUUACUUUGCAGAUCACACAUACAGUAGUUUAAGUGCUCAGAAUGGGCAAGAUUAGAAAUUAGUACAUCAGAUGUGCAUCAUAAAUUAGAGAGGUGUGAUGAAUUUAUGUCUGUAUUAGAUUAUAUUAGGAGUCCUAUAAAUUCAGUCAUGACAUCAUAUUUAAUCUGAAAAUUGAAUAGUUUUCUUUUCCUGGGAGCUGCAUACAUUUUACUGAGAACAAGGAGAUUUCUGUUUGUUUCUCAACAUUUUGAAUUUUACAUUAGAAACAAAUUUGAUAAAACGGUAAGAUCAAGAUUUGUUUUUUAUUGCCAGGUAGACAUCUGUUCAAUACCAACAAAACAAAAAACACAUAAAAGAAACACUAACAGAAACUAAUCAAAACAAUAUUAAUUGUAAUCCACACUAUGGAUAAAAAAUCAACUAUAAAACAUGCACCUGAAGCAAUAAUUAUAACUAACUAAAAACAUGAUUACCAAGAUCUAAUCACUUUCUGAGAGGCCAACGAAAGGGUUUUAUGCCUUGAUUAAGAAUGAAACCUAACUUUGACCAAAGGGGAAAAGUUGGGAAUGUGAAAGUCGUCAGUUCUUGAAUUACUUUUGUCUCCAGUUAGCUUUGCCAGCAAUAGACAACUGCCACAAUCCAGAGAAAAACUUAAGGUCCAACUCAUUGCAGUUUUAACUUGUGCAUAAACGCUGUUCCCGCUUAGCAGCAUAUAUGUAGUUAAUACACUCACAUUCUUCAACAAGUCAGCCAUGUUUAGAUGAGCCAUCAAUUCAGCAUUUGGAUGUGUUUAAUGAUCUGAGAGGUAAACUGUUGAUAAAAAUAAAUGAAUAAAAUUCUGAUGCUGACAAAUGGAGUACAUAAAACAUCUGAACCUGGUAAAGUGUGCAAUCAACUCUUUUCCUGGAUCCAGUGAGAAAGCUUUCCUGAGAGUUAUUCACUGACUCCAUCUCAGUCCCAUUUCCAGGAAGAACGUGUUAGAAGUUGACCAGCUAGUCAAACACAAACUUAGAGUAACACUUAGAGUGUUUCCAUUACAAAUGUUACUUUGUCGAUAUUCCGCUAAUAAAAUGCUUUAUGUGGGUGCUUCAUUACAGAAGCAAAACUUAAAUUGUUUCAAAAGGACAGUGGAGACAAAAAAUAAGAGCUUUAAAAAGGAAGAUUAAAUAAGGUUCAUGAACAGUGAAGGAAAUUAUUUUGUGUGAAAGAGGAGUCUACGUACUGUACAGUUCAGUUCAGGGACAUCCCUUUAAACCUUUCACUAGGGUGACAUUUUUUGUACUAAAAAUCCAUUUCUAUAAGUGAGUUCUUAUUUGCUGUAAAAACUCUUGGAAAAUACCACUUUUUUGUGUAAUUAAUGGACAUGACAUGAGUGUCACUCUUUAUUCAGAUUCAAAUUCAGUAAAAAAAAACAUUUCUAAUUUUUUUUAACCUUUUGGCUAUAUUCUUAUUCCCUUAGCCUCGUGUUAAUGUGACUAAAGAAAAUAUAGUUUCGCAAAUUGUACCAAAGGAAGCCCCUGUACUUGAAAUCCGUUAAUGACGCCUAUGUCACUAUAUGUCCACUGGAGGGCAGCACUUCAUCAGCCAUGUUUAUCACUGUCUUGCAUUACUUGUAAUCUCGGUUCUUGAAGUUGUUCCACUUUGUGUAUUCCUGUCCAAUAUGGCUGACAGAGAUGUUGAAUUAACCUUAAACUGAACUGCUUCCAUGCUGUUUUAAUGUUUGGUUUACCUUAUAUGACCAGUCAACAUUUAUAACAUUGACAGCAGGAUGUAUUUUUAGUAUCUUGAGUUCCUAAAAUACACACAGCAGCAAAAAGAUUGCCAAGUCCUGUAGAAAAAUUAAAUCAGCUAAAAACUGAUCAGCGAAGGAUUAUAGAAACUUCACAGUGAACCUCAAGCAGUUUAAGUUAUAUUCAAAAUCAAAUACAACAUUUACUUUAAUCUUGAAGGAUGACUCUGGACCACCGAGUCAUCUCUCAGUGUACCAAAGUAGACAAUUCUGUCAUUGUCUCUGGUUUCGGAAUGGAUUGACAUAAGAAUUGGGACACUUUUAGUCCUUGGCUUGAAACAUUUGGGUGUGCUGACUCUAAAAGCUCAGACUCCAACUGCAGUUCGCAUCUUGUGGCUCUGUCCCAAACUCUUGAAUGUAUUUUGGCUGAUAAUCUUCCAAAGACUAGUUUUUCCUGUUCUGCAGCACCCUUUCAAACAGUUUUUUCUUCCACUCAACCUCCUGUUAUUAUAAUUGGAUACAUUGUUGUGAACAACCAGCUCUUUUAGCAAUCAUCUUUUGUGGGUUACUACACCAUAGCACAUUUCUUUACUAAGAAUCCAUUUUUCUCUUGUUGUUUUAAUGUACAAUUUUUAAUUCAAAGAAACUGAAUUUUGUUUUGAUUAGCUGUAAACAGAAAUUGCAAAAGGAACAGAAAUAAAUGCUUGAUAUACAUCA